GAUAGAGGCACAGAGAGAAGAGUAGAGCAAGGCAGAAAACGAAUCUUUCAUCUGCCUACUGAAUCUCUUUUUCAGCACCAAGGACAGAGCCUCUAAAGUCUGCCCCAAGAAACGUUCAGUUUAGGGUCCCUCCCAAAUCCUGUAGAGAUAACGGAUGCAUUCGAAAGCAACUAUGAAACAUGCAGUAAGGUCUAAUAGGGAAGCUGGAAGAGCAGCACACAAGUGAUUUCACCUUAGAGGCAAAAAUGGGUGAUAUUCUUUCUGUUCAUUUCCAGUUUCUGUGUCUUGGCAAAGGCAAAGUUUGCUUUGCUUGGGCAUGUCUGCUGUCAGUAAAUGGCUACAGGAGCUGAGGUGCUAAACUUCACAGUCUCCAGAAAUCAGAAGAAAAUUUCAAGGAAACCCAUUGGAGCCACCCCUCUCCUUCUGGGCUAUGGCGCCUCUGAGUCAGCUGAGUGGCCACAUCAAUGCCACCUGUGGGGCAGACAACACCACAGGUGCCAGAUGGGCCCGUCCACAUGCUUAUUAUGCCCUCUCCUACUGUGCGCUCAUCCUGGUCAUCAUCUUCGGCAAUAGUCUGGUAUGUGUGGCUGUGCUGAGGGAACGGGCCCUACAGACCACCACCAACUACCUGGUGGUGAGCCUGGCUGUGGCGGACCUGCUAGUGGCCACCUUGGUGAUGCCCUGGGUGGUGUACCUGGAGGUAACAGGCGGAGUCUGGAAUUUCAGCCGCAUUUGCUGUGAUGUUUUCGUCACCCUGGAUGUCAUGAUGUGUACAGCCAGCAUCCUGAAUCUCUGUGCCAUCAGUAUCGACAGGUACACUGCAGUGGUCAUGCCAGUUCACUACCAACACGGCACGGGACAGAGCUCCUGCCGGCGUGUGGCCCUCAUGAUUACAGUGGUCUGGGUGCUGGCCUUUGCCGUGUCCUGCCCUCUCCUCUUUGGCUUCAACACCACAGGAGACCCCAGCGUCUGCUCCAUCUCCAACCCUGAUUUUGUCAUCUACUCUUCAGUGGUGUCCUUCUACGUGCCCUUUGGAGUGACUGUCCUCGUCUACGCCAGGAUCUAUGUGGUGUUGAGACAGAGGAGACGGAAACGGAUCCUCACUCGACAGAACAGUCAAUGCAUCAGUGUCAGGCCUAGCUUCCCGCAACAACCCCUCUCCCCUAGCCGGGCACAUGUGGAGCUGAGGCGUUACUAUAGCAUCUGCCAAGAUACUGCCUUUGGGCCACCAGGCUUCCAAGAAGGGGAGGGAGAGUUGAAAAAGGAGGGGAGGACUCGGAACUCCCUCAGCCCCACCGUGGCACCCAAGCUCAGUUUAGAGGUUCGAAAACUCAGCAAUGGCAGAUUGUCAACAUCCCUGAAGCUGGGUCCCUUGCAACCUCGAGGAGUGCCACUCCGGGAGAAGAAGGCAACCCAGAUGCUGGCCAUUGUGCUCGGGACCUUCAUUGUCUGCUGGCUGCCCUUCUUUUUGACCCACGUUCUCAAUACUCACUGCCCAGCUUGUCAUGUGUCCCCGGAGCUUUACAGUGCCACAACAUGGCUGGGCUACAUGAACAGUGCCCUCAACCCCGUGAUCUAUACCACCUUCAAUGUCGAGUUCCGCAAAGCCUUCCUCAAGAUCCUGUCUUGCUGAAGGAAAGCAGAGAACCUAACUUUAGCUGCCCACCUUUAGCUGCCAGGCCAUUGGGCCA